GAUACGUGAUCAUACGAGAAGAACUCUGCUAUUUCAGAUUCAACAUGGCGGCCCAGACAAAUUCGAAGUUUUUCGAAUUGUAUGAAAUGAAAGAAGAAAUAGGAAAAGGAGCAUUUUCUGUGGUUAGACGAUGUAUACAGAAAAACUCACAAUUAGAAUUUGCAGCAAAAAUAAUAAACACAAAAAAAUUAUCAGCUAGAGAUCACCAAAAAUUAGAAAGAGAAGCUAGAAUAUGUAGAUUAUUAAAACAUCCUAAUAUAGUACGAUUACAUGACAGUAUACAAGAUGAAGGUUGUCAUUAUUUAGUUUUUGAUUUGGUAACUGGUGGUGAAUUAUUUGAAGAUAUAGUUGCUAGAGAAUUUUAUAGUGAAGCAGAUGCCAGUCACUGCAUGCAGCAAAUUUUAGAGAGUGUUAACUAUUGUCACGAACAUGGAAUCGUUCAUCGAGAUUUAAAGCCAGAAAACUUAUUAUUAGCCAGUAAAGCCAAAGGAGCUGCAGUUAAAUUAGCUGAUUUUGGUCUAGCCAUAGAAGUUCAGGGAGAUCAACAAGCAUGGUUUGGAUUUGCUGGAACGCCUGGUUAUUUAUCACCAGAAGUUUUAAGAAAAGAUCCAUAUGGCAAACCUGUAGAUAUUUGGGCUUGUGGUGUGAUAUUAUAUAUAUUGUUAGUUGGUUAUCCACCAUUUUGGGAUGAAGACCAACACAGAUUAUAUGCUCAGAUCAAAGCAGGUGCAUAUGAUUACCCAUCACCAGAAUGGGAUACAGUAACACCUGAAGCAAAGAAUCUUAUAAAUAGUAUGUUAACAGUCAAUCCAGCAAAACGUAUUACAGCACAAGAAGCUCUCAGACAUCCUUGGAUCUGCCAGAGAGAAAGAGUAGCGUCUGUGGUACAUAGACAAGAAACUGUAGACUGCUUGAAGAAAUUCAAUGCCCGAAGGAAACUUAAGGGAGCUAUCCUGACCACAAUGCUGGCCACAAGGAAUUUUUCCAGUCGAAGUCUGAUGGUGAAAAAGAAUGAUGGUAUCAAAGAAGUACAGUCAACAGAUAGUACUGCUACUAUUGAUGAUGAAGAUACUAAAGGAAAACCAGAAAUUGAUAGAUCUAUAACUCUGACAGAAUUACAGAUAAAUGAGAGGUCUGGUUCUCCUAGAAUACAAUGUAGAAAACAAGAAAUAAUUAAGCUGACAGAACAGCUGAUAUCAGCCAUAACUGGGGGAGAUUAUGAAGCAUAUACGAAAUUUGUAGAUCCCCAUGUUACAUGUUUUGAGCCAGAAGCAUUAGGAAAUCUGAUUAUUGGAAUGGACUUCCAUAAAUUUUAUUUUGAUCAUGUGUUCUCUAAGAACAAUAAGCCAGUAAAUACCAGUAUCCUGACACCUCAUGUUCACUUACUGGGAGAAGAUGCAGCUAGUAUUGCUUAUAUCAGAUUAACACAGUUCAUAGAUAGAAGUGGUUUGCCAGUUACAACACAACAAGAAGAAACAAGAGUUUGGCAACGCAAAGAUGGAAAAUGGCAGAAUGUCCAUCUCCAUAGGUCAGGUGGUUCCUCUGCACCAAACAAAUAAGAUGGAACACUAAAUAUGGAUAGAAAUCUUUUCCAUUUUUGCUCAUUGGUGUGUCUGCUUUUGUCAAAGGGAGCAGAAGCAGAAUUUAAUGGCAAAGGAAUUCUUCAAUCCCUUCCCUUGUCAGUGGUGUACUCAUGGUGGUACACACAAGUCAAAAGAAUAUUUUGUCAUUUUAAAUGUAACAGUCAAACUUUUUUUUUUAGAUUUUUCAUAGUGUUUUAAUCUUUAAAAUUUAUAUUUAUUAUAAAAUAAAGUUCUGUCUUUAUAUGGAAAAUAAUGAGAUAUUUUAUUUAUCUCAAAUAAUAUUCUUUCAUUUUUUUAUGAGUACAGUUGUUGAGAAUGAUUUAUGUAUGAAGUUUUUUUUUGGAUAGCAGUGAAUUCCUAAGAUGAUGCCUUAUGUUAGGUAUGGGGUAUUUGUUAUUUAUUUUAAUAAAUCCCAUAUUCUAUUCAUAGAACAAAUUGCACUGUAACUAGUAAAGUGAGGAAAGAUGGAUUUGUAAAGUUGUAUUUAGGGGAGUAUAAUAUAUGGUACUGGUUAGAGACUGUAUCCUCAGAUAUUUUUAUAAUAUGCAAAUUAUAUACUGAUUAGAUUUCCUUCUACAACUUGAAUAUUUUUUCUGGUCUCUCUUUAUAUGUUUUACUACAUAUAUACAGUUUUAUUUAUAAACACAAUAUGUAAAAAUUUGAUAAGUUUUUCUCCUAUAUUCUGUACAAAAAUACUUUUUUGCUUAUAUUUUUUUUUUAUAUUAAAAGAGCAUUUUAUAGUUUUAUUUCUACAGUUUUGUCUAUAAAUUUUUUUUUUUUUCAUAAUUUUACAAUAGAAUUGAUUGAAUUUACUUCUGAUAUCCUUUUUCUUUGUGAAGUUGUAAGUUUUGAAAACUUGACAAUAAAAUUAACUUAUAUGAUUCUUUUAAUUGUGUAUCUGACAUUUCAUUCAGAAAAUUAGUAUAUCUGAGUAUUUUUUCUCAGAAAAAUCAUUAAAAAAAAGUGCAAUAUAUGUGUUAUAUUUGUUUUUCAGAUCAGAUUUAUGUCUGUUUGUUGUAUUUUGGAUUUCUGGUGUCAUAUUUUGUCUAACAUUUAAUACAUUCAUGAUUAUUUUUUCCCAAAGAGUUAAUUGGAAAGAAUACUUGGAUUUUCUAUGGAUAGAAUUUACAUAAACUUAUGCAGCAUUAUGCAAAUUCAUUUUUUGAAUCUGCUUAUCUUACUCAAAAGAGGCCACAUCAAAUAUUUUCUUCUGAAUUUUGAGUUACAAGAAUUUAAGGGUUGAACUUUAAAUUAGAUACGAUUAAAAUAAUGAUUUUCUUUUUUUUCUUUUGGCAAUUUAGAUCAAAUAAUUAUAGAUAUGAAUUAUUUAGAUUAUAUACUUCAGGAUGUACUAAAAUAAGUAAUGGCAUUUGAAUAAUUCAUCCUACCUUACAAUUUUAUAUUUUAUAAAUUAUAUAUGAGUCAAAAUCUUCUGGUAUACAUUUUUUAUAAAGAAGAAAAAAUCAACUGUAAGGAAAGAUUUUUUUUUUUCAUUUCUACAAAUAACAAUUAAUGCCAUAGUUAAAUACAUACAUUAUACAAGUUUGUUAUACUGGAGGAGGGGGAUAGUCAUUCAAAACUUCUAAAUAACAAUUAAGAUAUUCAGACUUGUAUUUGUUUCAUUAAUUAAAGUGUUAUGUUGUUAACCCUAUAUAAGAUUUAAUCCUUAACAUUAUUGCAUAAGUCUUAAGCUUUACAUAAUUCAGAAUCAAAUUCCUCAUUGACGUGUAGUAUUCUGUUGGUAUUCUUCAAGUUGAGUAUGUUUGAAGUGUUCAGUGUGCAUGUACAGUUAGUUGCCAUAAAGUUCUCGGGUCAUAUUUGUUAGUAGAAUGUCUAGUUUUUUUUUGAACAUUUUGAAAUUACAGAAAUUUGAAUGCAGUGGCAACAUUUUACAUACUUUUAGGUAUAUUAGCUCAGAAAUUAAAUAGGGGUACUGUAUGAAGCUAUUGAUAGAUAUUCUGUGUAAAUUAAGCAAUGGAUAUCUGGCACAUUUGAAGUAAUGAAAGAUUACAGUGACAAAAUGUGGAGUUAAUAGAAUGUCAAUUUCUACAUAUUUGUCUCUAAUUCAGUAACCUGUAUUUGGCUGCUGUUUAUGUUAAUAUAAUAAUCUUCACAAUUACUGAACAAAGGUGUUAAAUCAACAUAUAGAGGAUGUUUUUAAAUUAAAAAAACUGUUCAAGGUGUAUUUAAUUUAUGGAAAAAUACAUCACUACCAACUAACUUUAUACUUUCCAAGUAUUACACUGUCUCUGUUUUCAUUGUGGAGGAUUUUUUUAUAAAUGUAGUCCAUAUCUCAUAUGCAUAAUAAAAAAAUCCCUAGUUUUUUCAAGUUCACCUGCUUUAACAAGGACCCAGUGUGAGAUGUUUCGUUAACUUGAUGUCCAUGUUAUAUUGUUAAUCAUUUUCAAAAACUACAUGGCUGAUGAAAUCUGAUUUUUCCGGAAUCAUUUGUAAGGAAUUUUCUUGAAAAGUUGUGAUUAAUUACCCCUCAGUCCAAAAAACAUAGGCACUAAAAAUAAAUCAUAGUGGUUAAAGAAGAUAAACAUGUCAACAGCUUAUCUUGGUCCUUAUUAGAAAUACUUUAUAAAAAUAUUCUUCAGAGACUGAUAUUAUACAUGAAUGAUGCCAUGCUAUUCCUUCAUGAGUUUGUGAUUUUGUGACAAUCUAAAUUCCAACUGUCACAUACUUUAAUUUAUGGGACUUCUUUUUCUUGGAAUCUGUUUCACAAUUGUGAUUGAUAAUAUGAUGGUCUCAUUUUAAAUACAAAACUGGAAUUGAAAAUGGUGCCACCAUGGACUGGAUUAUUAUUGUGCCAUUAAAAAAUCAUUUUAUUUUGAUGCAGAUCUAAAUCAGUUGCAUCUGUCAGCUUAAACUCUUUCAUGAAUAUUCCACUAUAAAACCUUAAAAAAAACUAUUAAAUGCAGAUUUGCUUGCAUAAAAAAUAUCAUAUUAUAAGCGACUUGAAAUGAAAUUUGUAUGUGAAAAUCUCUUGGGAAAAUGUAAUCUGAAAGCACUUAGAAUUUUAUGCAUUGUUUGAUUAAACAAAAAAUUUGUUCCAUUUUCAUUUACAUUGAUUUUUAGAACUAGAUCAGAAUCAUACAUAGUUUGUAUAUUUUCUGGACAGUUAAUUUAGUUCUUAUAGGGCAAACAUUUUAUGAAAGUUAUGCAGCUACUUUAUUGAUUUUCAAUGUUUAUAUUAGGUGUACAUUUUUUAUUUGAAUAUUUAUUUACGAUGCUUUGGUCAUUUUAUUUAAUUUGCCGCUUAUGUUAAUUUUACUGUAAUAUUUGCUUUUAAAGAUAAGAAAAUAGACAAAUAGAUAAAAAAUACUGGCAAAUAAUUUGGUGAAAGUUAGUUAUGAAGAGCAAAUGAUAUAUUUAGUUUCAUUUUCUCUUUAAUCUUUUACUAAGGGUAAAUAUUUUUUGGGUUUUAUUCAUUAAUUAAAGUUAUUUAGUGUGCCCAACUGCUAUACUGUUUUCAUCGGCGGAUCCAGGAGGGUGUUUCGGAGGUUGGAACCCCCCUUUUUUUUCCGAUUUAAAAAAAAAAAGAUUAUUUUUUUUUUUUUUUUUAAUCAUGUGAACGUUUCGUAGUGUUCAGGGGGAUUGGAGGAACCCCCCUUCUCAAAAUAACUGGAUCUGCAACUAUGUUUUCCAUUUCUUGUCACACUAGCUCAGUACUCAGGGAAAAUGAUUUUAGUUUAUUUAUACAUAUACUUUAGUGGCAACAGUGUGUUUCUGUGGAAUCAGUAUCAUUAGAGUACUCGAGAGAAAAAUGGCAAGCAUAUUAGUAUACAAGUAGGAAAAAAAUUUACAUACCAGUGUACGGUCUGUGAUUUCAUUAUUUAGUAAACCUGCAUUUUGUUGACCCAACAUAACAUGCACAGACUUACAAGAGGAAUGUAAUUACUUGUCAGCAUCCAAAUUUUAUUUGGUCCCUACCUUUUCAAAAUCUGUAGAAAUGCUUUAAUUUUGAAAGUAUAAUUUAGACAUACAUAGUUGUUUAUAGGAGGGGAAUCUUUGACGAGUUGUCAUCUUAUUUUAAGUCGAUUACAGUUGAAACUUUAAAUAAAUAAUGAUAACCAAUAGAAAUAUAAGGUGAAUUUUUGACAAUCUUUAUGCAACUUUUCUUUUUAUUCUACUGUUGCUUACUUUUCCUGGUUUUAUAGUAAUAGGUUUUUGAAAAAAAAUACAUUAUUACUUUCAUUUUGAUCCUAUGCUUUUCUUUAUUCUUUUUCUUUUUUAUCUAAGUUAGAUCUGUUUUUCAUUUCAUCCAUUUCAUGUAUAACACCAUUUACUUGCUUCAAAUUCAAGUUCUAAUAAUAUACAGUACAAAAUUAUCAUGUCGAGUCAUGGGCUAAAUUGAACAAAAUACCAGCCAUUCAUGACAACCAAUUUGUAGUACAGGUUCUUAAAGGGAUAUAGUUGUAUUUGCUGCAUAACUUUUUAAGUUUAAUGUAAAAAAUAACUGAUCAGUUUAGAUAAAUAAUAACAGUAAAAUUGGAAAGUUGGGGUUGAAUUAAGGGUAUUCAUGCAAUUCAUGUUUGUCCCAAUCUACCCGAUAAAAUUUUUUUCAAAAAGUAAAUGAAUUAACAGUACAAAUUGUAAAGUGCCAUUUGAAUGGUCCUUUUGUACAGAGCAGGACUUCAGUGGUUAUUAGGCUAGGUAUAAAUGGCUGAACAACAUUGCAGGUUUCUUUUUUUGUAUUUAUAGUACCUUGUUAUACAUGUAAAAUACUUUGUUCCUGAGAUUUGCAAGAAGAGAUAUUUAUGCACUCUUUUGAAUAUGUUCUUCAUUCAUAGUAUCAUUACGAGUUGAGUCCAUUUUGAUAUCAUAUCUAAAUUAUGGCAUCUUGAAUACUGGGUCUAAAAGUGAGAUGAUAUUUGGUAAUGAUCAAAGGUUGUUGUCAGUCAAAUGACUGUAUACUCUACAUUUCUUGACAUUUCACCUGUGAUAAACAUUCUUUUCUAGUUCAUUAUGAUAAUCAUUUCUAAUCAUUGAUAUUUGUUCAAAACUUGAUACUUGUACAAAAAUAAAUCUAUGAAUUACUGCACAAUCACCAUUUCUUUUCAGUGGUAAAGAGAACUUACUUAAAUGAUAGAUGAGUUAUUCUGACAAUAAGUGAUUGGUUUACAGAAUAGCAUUGCCUCUUUAGAAAAUACUGCAUCUGCAUACCAUUUUUAUUAUUUGAUAAACAUCAACAAAUGAAAACUAAGUGGCAAAAAUUGGAUUUGGGUUAUAUUUCAUAUAUUGUUUCUUUAUAUAUUUUUACUAUCUGGCUUUUGAACAAAUAUUGAUAGAUGGAUGUUUGCUUAACAUUCAGUAUUUGAAAAAAAAAAAAGGAAACUUAACUACAAAAUGUUUAUCUUUAAGGUUGAUGCUCAGUAACAUUUUAAAAAUCCAAAUGUAAAUUUUUAGGACUGAAAUUCUCCCUAUUGUAAUUAUUAUUUAGAUAAGUGAAGAAUUUGAUUUGUACAAGCACCUUGUUUUGAAUACCAUGUUUUACUGCAUUAUUGUUUUUUAUUCCAGAUAUUAUUUAUCUUUUUAUAUAUUUUCUGUUUUGUUAUUUCAUGCAUAUCAUCAAAAUUUGUCAUUUAGUGAAUAUGAAAGUGUAUAGACAUUGUAUAUAUUUUGGAUUCAUUCCUUUGUCUGGUUGGUUUGAUUCCUUGAGUUUGUAAUGAACCUGACGUAAAUAGCUUUUUUGCCUUUGCUUCUCCCAAGCUACUAAUGUACAGAAAGUAAUGGAGUACCAUUCUGUGAAUUUUCCUAUUCCACUAUUUUAAUGAAAUGUUUUGAUUUGCCAAAGAAAACUAACUGAUCCUUAUUAGAUGGUGAAACAGGUGAAUAGUAAAGAUGAUUUUACAACCAUUAUGAAGUUGUAGGAAUGCAACAUCAAGAAAGUUCAAUGCCUAUUGCCAUGGUCAAAAGGAGUAAGUUCGGUAAGGGCCAUAUUUGGCCCCGAUUAUAAAGUUCAAUGUUACAUGAUAAAACAUGUUUUAAGUUGACUUAAAGACAUGUGAGAAAGUUAAAUAGAACUAUUUGUGUCAAAGUUUUCUUCUAAAGUGUUGAUUUUUACAUCCCAAAUAGGUCAAGAUAAGAGAUUUUGGGGAAAUUUGACAAAAUUGGCCGAAUUUCAACCAAAUUUAGGACCAGGAAACAUAGAGCGCAGGCGUCGACAAACUAAAUAUUCAAGUUAGACAUGUAAAAUGUCAUUACAAAUCUUGUUUUAAAAGAAAAGAUCUUUUUUGUCGACGUUUGCGCUCUAUGUUUCCUGUCCAAUAAUCCAUGUAAAUUUACCCAUUUUCAUUGAUUUUUUCAUGGAAAAUCUAAAUGAGUACUAUUUGUGACAUCAUGAAUAAAACGCAGGAACGUAAAUUUUCAACAAAAAGGCUUAUUUCCUAUCUAGUCACUGUAUUAGCUAUGACUCAUUGUGAUAUUGGUCGAUAAAUCCUAAUUUGAAAUUUGAGCUAAAAAAGGGGGCCAUUGUUUGGCCUUAUCGAACCUACUCCUUUAAAGUUCAACUUUUUGCAUGUUUAAUAUGAGAAAAGAUUAAGUUUUAUUUAGCUUGUAUUGUAAGUAAAUUUAUUAAGACAAUAUUUAUUGUUUGUUUGUUUACUUUAUUUAUGUAUCAUACAUUUAUAAGGCCAUGGUGACUCAGACAUUUGUCAGAUUUAUUUUUCCAGAUACUGAGUUUUUGAAGUUUUAAAAUUUGACUGAAAAUACUGAUAAUUAAGACAAUUAUACUUAAUUUCAGCAAUAUGAUGUUUUUUUUAAUACCUGCUUGAACAAUCUUAUGAAUAAAAUUUUACAUUGGUCAAAGAAUGAGAAAAGGGUAAAAUUUUAUUGCUUUUGUUGGAGAAUAAAAUACAUGUAUUUAAAGUAUGAAGGUAGAUCCUAUUCAUAAUGAAUAAGUUGUGCAGGUUCAUUUUGUGUGUAUGAAUUCAAUUUUAUGUAUGUUUGUAACAAUGUUGUCCUUCCUCAGCAAUUUUUUUCAAAUUAUAUCUGUUUAUGUAGUGCUUCAAAAUUUUAAAAUGUACUUUUCAAAUAAAUCACAUCAUAACUUAA